UUGUAUAACUUUGGACAGAGAGUCUCCACUCUCCCCACUCAAUUUGAACACUGAAACAUUUUCCUUGGGGCAUCGCCGCCGUCCCAGUCUUUUCCUCACCGUGCAGUCCCACUCUCCGCCGCGCACACGAGCAGUAGCAGCACUCACUGAAACCUUCACCAGCCACUAAAUCAAUGGGAUUUCUAGCACACACUGGGAUGAAUCAUACUCAGGUAGCGGUUGGUAGCAUCGUGGGAAGCAUAGUUGGUGCGAUAGCGAUCUUCGCACUCAAGGAAACCAAAGCGAAAACCUUGCUAUGGUCAUCUGGAACAAGAAGAAGUAAUAGCAGCAACUUGGAUAAUAAGAAACCGCUCCUAGUCCCUGGUUUACACAAUCUCCGCAACAAUUGCUUCCUCAACGUUGUUUUGCAGGCUCUCGCUAGCUGUUUUUGCUUUCACGGGUUUCUUCACAGAGUGAUUGCAGAAUGUGGGACUCAGGAUAUGGUUGAAAGCGAAACCGAUCAGAGCAUGCCCCUUGCGGCUUCUUUGGUUGCUUUGUUGCAAGAGCUUAGUUCUGUUAGUGGAGAGAAGGUUAUACUAAGUCCGCGAGAGAUAAUGCUUGCUAUGUCCCUUUACAAUCCAGACUUUAAUCUAACAGACCAGCAGGAUGCUGCUGAAGCGUUUCUUCAUCUGUUAUGCUCUUUGAGGGAAGAAUUUGGAGGUUGCUAUGCUCCAAAUGUGAGUUCUUUAGCAGACGUUUGUGCUUCUAAUAAUAGAAUUAUUGCUCCCAUACAGAGGGACUGGAAGAGUGAGCAGGAAAGAUGGAAGCAACUCUUUCUUGGACCUUUUGAUGGGAUUCUUGGUAGCAGUUUAACCUGUCGAAGUUGUUCAUCUCAGAUCUCAAUGAACUUUGAACAUUUUGAUUGUUUGCCUCUUUCACCUGUGCUUAGUGACAGUUUUACCAUAAUUAUUAAAUGUUCAAUGCUGCAGAGAGUUGGUUGUACACUGGUGGAUUGCCUGAAGCAGUUCAUUGUUGCUGAACAUGUUGAAAACUAUCACUGCAGCCACUGUUGGCAUAAUGCUGCAAUCAAGUAUAUUUCCUUAAUGGAAGAAAAUGAGGUAGAACUUGAAAGACUAAGGAGAUGUUCUGAACAAGAACUCUGCAAUUGCCGAACAAAAUUUAAUCUCGAGAAGCUACCCUGGUCAACUAGGUUUUCACAUGUUCUGAAGCAGCUAAGUAUUGCUCAGUGCCCAAGGAUUUUAUGCAUCCAGUUGAAAAGAGUUCAUAUGAGUAUCUUUGGAGAGCCCGUCAAACUGCAGGGCCAUAUUUCUUUUCCAUUGAUCUUGGAUGUGUUGCCAUUCACGACUACUAGGCUGGGAGUAAAUAUACAGGAGGUAGAUAUACGAAGUCUUCCCUUGCAUCUGCAGAAUAGCCGAAGAAACCCUUUGACUAACCAUUAUAAUCAGCAUUCUGAGGUUGGAACGUUGAAAUUUAGUGGCAUUAAUGGAGAAGUGAGAGAAAAAAUCAAUGCAGGUGGUCUUAUUGACGAUGGAUUUGCCUCCUGUACAAAUAGGCAGGCAUCCAAUGACCCCAUAUAUCCCUGCUCCAGCUCUUCGGUUAGCAUUCACACAGAUACGCAGACGCAAUCAAUUGACAAGGUGGAUGGUUCUUAUAAUUUAGUUUCUCAAGAAGCGUGUUUGUAUCAACUUGUUUCUGUUGUGGAACACUUCGGAAGAGCUGGAGGUGGGCAUUACACUGUGUACAGAUGUGCGAGAGCGGAGACUUCAGAUGUCUCUGGUGAUCGCUGCUUCAAUCAAACUCCAAGGCGCUGGUUUUGUGUUUCAGACUCUCAAGUGGAUGCUGUUUCAGAGGAAGAUGUUCUAUCUAGUGAGGCAAGCUUGCUUUUCUAUGAGAGAAUUCCAAAGAACUGUAUUUGAGCAUUUGGAGGGAGACAAGGCUUGUUAGUUUUAACUGAACCAGAUGAUUAGGUAACUGUCUCAACUAAUUUGGUGACUAGUUAUCUUUGUAGUGUUCAGAUGUGAGUGUUAAGUGAGGAAGCAUUACUUGCACUUGGCUCUUACUUACGAACAUAUUGAUUGUACCAAUUUUCCCUCACAAGAAAGUAAUCAUUCUCUAAGAUGGUAUCAGAGCUCAAUUCGCGAGCUUUGCAGCUACCAUGGUUAGAGACUAUUCUUUUAGCAUUCAGCUUGCGAUGUUGAUUCUGGUUCUAACAACAAUGGAAGCACAACCAGAUCAAGUAUUUUGGUUUCUAAGACAUUAAGUUAUAUAUUUUUUUGUGUGGUUAAGAUAGAGCUUUGAAGCAUGAGAUGCACUUGGGAUUAUAUUUUUAAUUAUGAAUGAAUGGACUAUUGUUAUAUUUUUGAAGGAUUUA